AUGAGCUCCGCCACGGGCGGCAGCUUGAAGUGGACAGGCAGGCCAUUGUAUGAGCUGGUCGUCAAGCAGCAGCCGGAAAGAGCGAGGCUGUGCUCGUACAAGGAAGAAAAUGAUACGAUCGACCGCAGGCCUGUAGAUCCACCGCCUGUGGUAGAAUUGAACUGCCACGGAGACCAAAAGCUCGCAGAGCAACUCUUGCAAUCCUCGGCCUUCUUUGUCCGCGCGGCUAUAGUGACGGCAGAGACUGUGCCCCUUACCUCUGAUCAAGCCUCAGUAUCCUCACAAUCAGCUUCGCCAUUCUCCUCGCGCCCUCUCUCCCAUCCUCAAACUCAUUACGCUCCAGUACGGCUGAACUUGGGCGCGGAUGCAGCAACAGGCGAAGUCGUCCAGACGCCUGAAAGACUACGAUUACUCGAUGGUCGCGCGGCUGCUCUUUGCAUCUUUGCCAAACUUGGUGUCCGACUUCCUGGCACGUUUCGGCUCAAAUUCACCCUUUUCCGUACGACCGAGGAUGGGCUGAUGGACAUGGCUCACACCAUCUCUGAGCCUUUCGAGGUUUUUUCACCGAAACUGUUCAAGGGGAUGCACGAGAGCACAGAUCUGACAAGGCAUUUGGCAGCACAAGGGGUCAAGGUCAAGCUGCGGACAGAUACGACCGUGGGCAGACAAAGCGUGAGAAGGCGUCGCGCAUCUGCCAUUUCAACAACCCAAUCCCCUUCAUUUUCCGGUCAACCACCAGCCCUGAUUGCGCCUCAACCGCAUUAUCAGCCUCCCCAUCCUCCACCGCUGCGACAGCCUCAGUCGAAUCAGACCCAUCCAUCGAAUCGUCCUCAUCCGCCAUCAAUCGCCACGCACCAUAACCCUCACACAAUGACUUCCCAUGCCAUGCUUCCUGAAGCAUCGCCAACGUCGUUCAGUAGCGGAUCACGGAGAGGGGCUGGUGACCUUGUAUGGAGAAACUCAUCUGAAGAGUCCGCCCGCUACGAACCAAAUCCGUCGAGAAUAGUGUCAUCUGGUAGCAAGAGGCGUUAUGUCGAUGACGGUCUGGUGUGGCCACCAAUCAUCGGCAUGGGACAUGCAUCCGGCUCCUACGAUUUGUCCGCAUUCUCCUUGUCUCGGCGAAGCAGCCGGGAGAAUAGUCGUGACAGCCGUGCCACACACCUCUCGAACGAGAGCACCCCACGAUCGGCCUCCAACCAAAGCAAUUCCUACCCAUUCUCAUCACUAUCCUCUACUGCGUUUUCGCCCACCGCCAGCACCAGUAGGUCAUCGUCCUCCAUGUCCACCCCAGCAUCAUCUCAAAUCCUUUCUGCUACCCAAUCUCCUCCUAUCUGGUUUCCUCCCGCAAGGCUGAACGUGAGAGCAGGAGAUGACGGCAUUCCCAUCCUCCCAGCACCCAAUUCGCACCGAUCCCCAGGGGGUUUCGUGCCUGCUAGUCUCGACGAGGUUUUAGGAGAAUCAUCGUCGUCGGCCGGUGGCCCCCGUGGCCGACCGAUCACGGCGGGCUCGGGGCAGGGGUCUGGUCCGCGUUUCUCUGUGGGUGGGGGUAGCUCUUUGGCAGAGGCGGAGGGGACGGAAGAUACCAGACGCCUCGUCCUUGAAGCUGCCCCCUCUGCGGCCGACGUUUUCGGAGAGCGGGCGUAG